AGUCUGGUCUGAGACUGAUUCCUAUUUAAUUUUUGUGAUUUCAAGUCGAGGCUUACCGAGAAAUCGGUAUGGUUUUUCAUUGGCUGAUAUAAACAACACAAAAAAAAUGGCGGAAGAGAAGUUUGGUACAGCUUUAGACUAGUCUGAAGUGUGUAUGGAAAGGAGAAAAUUAAAUUUUCAACUAAAAGAACUUCAAUUAGUUAUACUUAAAGACAUAAUUGUGUACAACAAAGACGUACUAGGCGUAUUACCAACAGGGUACGGGAAGACCAUAAUAUAUUCUCUUAUACCUACACUUGUAGACGAAUACAAAGGUGUUUCAGGGACCAUCGUCGUCGUCGUGUCACCAUUAGUGGCCCUGAUGGAGGAUCAGGUUGUUAAUAUUGCAGAUAGUGGGAUUCGUUGUGUGUACGCAAGCAAAGUACAAACACCAGAAACCCAAAAAGACCUUGCAAGUGGAUCAGUUCCUAUCAUCAUGAUGAGCCCAGAGUCUCUUUUUCAUGGAGAAUGGAGGCAGUUGUUUUCUACUGAAAUAUAUCAAUCAAGAGUAGCAGCUAUUGUUGUGGAUGAAGCACAUUGUGUGGAACAAUGGGGAGAUGAAUUUCGAACGGAUUAUGGAAGAUUAGCAGAGCUAAGAAGUAUUCUACCAAACUCUAACAUGUUGGCAUUGACAGCAACUGCUUCACCAAUCUCCAGGACUUCAAUUAUGAAGAAACUUUGUAUGGAGAGAGGAAAUGUUGUUGUUGGCAAUUGUGACAGGAAAAACAUUAUUCUUAAUAGUGUUAAAGCACCUCGUGAUGGGAAACCUGCGUUGACGUGGUUGAUGGAAAACCUAAGGAAUCAUAAGCAGCAAUGUCCCAAGACGGUUAUUUAUUGUCGCAGCAUUAAAGCGUGUUCAGUGCUGUUCAAACUCUUUACAGAUGUUCUGGGAGACAAUGCAUACUGUGGUGUUCAUUGUGCUAAGAAUAGAUUAGUUGCUAUGUAUCACCAUUCAACAUCAAAUAAGUGCAAAACUAUUGUCAUGGAUGAAUUUCCAAAAGUUGAUAGCAAGAUAAGGGUGGUCAUUUGUACCUCUGCUUUUGGCCUAGGAGUAAAUGUUCCUGAUAUAGAUAUGGUAUUAAACUGGGGAGCACCAAGAUCUAUUGAGGAAUUCAUGCAAGAAUUCGGGAGGUGUGGCAGAGAUGGUAGAAGUGCAAUGUCAGUCUUGUACUAUCAUGGAAUGGACAUUGGCAAAACAGCAACGGAUGACAAAAUGAGGUCAUAUGCAAUGGCUGAAACCUGCAGAAGAGUGCUUUUGCAAGAAUUCUUCACACCUGAUGUCAAUAAAUCUUUACCAGUAACUCCAAAACAUUUGUGCUGUGAUAAUUGCUGUAAAACAUGUGAAUGUUUAAAUUGUCCACCUUUACAUGACUCUCUUUUGUCAGACUUUGAAGAAAAUGCUGCUUUGCAUGCUGCUACCUUAAAUUGCGAAUUAGUGAUGUGCCAUACGGUGUCAGAAGGACAGCGCAACAAAAUAUCUGAAAAACUUAAGGAGUAUAGAGAAAUAUGUCUAGAGGACAGUGGUCCAUCUUUACUAAAUGUUGGUAUCUUAACUGGAUUAAGUGAUUCAUUGAUUGAUUCAGUUGUAAGCAAUGUUCACUAUAUAGGUAGUAUAGAGGAUUUAUUGUCUGAGUACAUAUUUGACAAAAAUCUUGCAAGUUCAGUGAUGUGCAUUAUUGAUGAAGUACUUGAUGAUCAUGAUGAUUGAUCGAUUUAUGUGCCUCAGUUUCAAUUUUAGUAGCUCCAUGAUGUAGAAGUAAUACAUUCAGAUAAUCUUACACUUUUAUAUGCAGUCUGUUAAUGAUACCAUGUUUUAAAUGGUGAUAAAUUGCACCUGUAAAUAGAGUUCACCAAAAUUUAACAUCCCUGUUUCUCUGUAUAUUCAGGUAUUUAUAUGUAACUCAUUGUUCAUUCAAUUAUUUUUUUUUAAAAUGUGACAUGCAGUGCCUAGAUAAACAGUUUUUUUUAGGUUUGCACCAUUCCCAAAUUUAUGCUUGUUUGUUAAUUUCAGUGCUGUAUUAUAUUAAAUUAUUAUAUUUACAUUUCACACUUGUUUUCCUUACAAAUAAA